GGUCUCCCUUCCCCAUUCCCCCGCCCCCCGUGGCUUUGCCCCUUUCUCUAAGUAGGAGUUUGCGGGCCUGGGUACCCGGGCCCCGGGAGAAGGCGAUGGCCAGGGCCGCAGCGGCUAUGACAGCUCCUGGAAGAGAGGACGGGCAGCCCACGGAGCUCUGAGCUGGAGCCCAGGCCCCAGCCGAGCCGAGCCGCCUUCGGGGGCCAUGCAGCCUCGGAGCUGCUGGGCAGGCCCGGCCGCUGCGCUCCUGCUGCUCCACAUCUUCUUCUGCUGCUGCUGCAGCCGCUGCCUGAGUUUCUCACUUGCCCUUGCAGAAUCACUUACGCACCUACCAGCUCCACACAACCAGAGAAUUCACCUUUAUAAUUUAGAGCAUGUACUGAUCUGGGAUCCUGUCCCCAUAAGCAAUCUUACAAAUCUUUCGGUGCUAUACAGUGUGGAGUAUAAACACCUCAGUACCGAUUGGAGAGAAGUGGAAUGUGUUAAUUGUACCAAAAUUGCAGAACCAAUAUGUAACUUCACAGCAGCCAGACUUCCUCCAUGUUUUCGACCUCAUUUCAAUGUUUCUUUACGUAUUAAAGCUGAGCUAGGAGAGCUAGUUUCUGAUUGGACAUUGGUUCCUUGGUUUCAACUUUUCCGAAAUGCAACAAUUGGACCUCCGCUAGAUGUUCUUGUGACCUCACUUGAUGGCUCUCUUAUCAUCAGCUUCAAGCCUCCCUUCAAAGUAACAUCUGCUAAAUUUCGCUAUUAUGUCUAUUACUGGGAGAAAGAAGGAAAACAAAAGAUCAAGGGCCCUGUCAUCGGCCAACCCAUUCAGCUGAAUGACUUAAAAGUGCCAAGUGAAUACUGUUUACAAGUUCAAGCAGAAUUGAUUCCUGAUUAUCUGGAGAUCCAUCACCAAGGGCUAUUAAGUAACGUAUCUUGUCAUGAAACCUCAUCUGAGGCUUCAACUAAACUUCAACAAACCAUAAUAAUAAUUUUGGGAAUUUUUGCAUUGAUUGUUCUGGUACUGAGUUGUUACUUUCUGGCACAGAAGUUCCAAGGCCUAAUAAAGCAUUAUUUUCAUUCUUCUCCGGGAAUCCCAUCCCAAAUAAAAGAGUAUUUAAUGGAUCCCAAUGAGCCUAUUUUAGAAGCGCUGGACAGGAACAGCUCAAUGGAAAAGGAUUGUUGGGAUUCCUUAUCUAUUAUUUCCUGCACAGAAGAACAUCAAGCUGUCUUCAGCAGUAAUUUAAGUGACAAUACUUGUACAGAUAACCAGCCAAGUACAAAAAUUACCUAGAGCCAAUAAACUGUGAGAAUUACUGUCUAAACUUUAUAGGAGGCCAGUUUCCAUAUUUCUAUCUACCACAGAUGCCAUAUCUAAGUACUUGGGACAAGUUUUAUUUUCCUUUUUAACUGAAGAUACCACUAAGUAUACAUUACUGGCAUUAUUCCAGUGAACAUUCAAUUAUAAAAUAUCUUCCUGGCCUAGAAAGAACAAGAUGGACACCACAAAUGUUCCCCAAAAAACACUAAGAGGAUCUCCUAACCUACAGUACCUUGAGAGACAGCAUAAUAAUAAUGGAAAGAACUGCAGACUAAGAACUGGAUUUUGACUUUGUUGUACCACUAUUUCAUUGGGUGAAAUAUCUCUUCACCUCUCCCUGCCUGAGUUUCUUUAUCUGUGAAAUGGAGCUGAACUAUAGAAGGUUUCAGGUAUUUCCCACCUCUAAAACUUUACUGGCUGGCACCCCUAUGAAACUGUGAGUUUGAUAACUGGUCUUAGCCAUGAUCCAGUUCUAAGAAAAUGUUAUGAUUUAAUCUUGUAAAUAAAUAUUUGUUAACUACAAAUUUUCUAAGCUAA